CUCGACCUGUUAACUUUCCUAAGGGGCAAAUCCGUAAAAACAUAUGAAGAAAACGUAUUCAAUUGCCCACCUGCGAGCCUACGUUACGAGAAUAGCAUAUGAAUCCAAACAAACGCCACUACCUAUAAUUAUAAAUAUAAAAAGCAAGUGUGAAGUAGGGAUCCACUCACCUCCCAGCAUCGACCUCAAACGUUGGAUUAAGCCAAUGGAUCAGCCCCAAAGCGGUGAUGGGAUCCCAACGCAGCAACAAUCACCGGAUCGCGACUCCCUCAGCGGCAAGAUCAUGCUCAGCGUCAUCGCCGCCCUCUUCACCGCCACACUCAUCGUCCUUCUACUCCAUCUCUACAUCCGCAUGCACCUUCUCCGCAGAGCUCGCCGUCGCCGGGUUGCCCUCCUCGCCUCGGCCGAUCCCUUCCAUCCUCCCCCCUUCGUCCCACACGGCCUCGAUCCCGAUCUCCUCCGAUCUCUCCCCAUCUCCUUCCGAUCCCCAUCUGAUGACCUGAUUGAGUGCACCGUCUGCCUUGGCGAGGUCGAGGAGGGAGAGAAGCUCCGGAUUCUCCCCAAAUGCCGCCAUGGAUUUCACGUCGAUUGCAUUGAUAUGUGGUUCUUCAACCACGCUACUUGCCCUCUUUGCCGCGCCGUCGUGGAGGCACCAUCCCCGAAUCUGAUUAUAUGCGAUGCUUGCACCUCGUCAUCUGGUGAAGCAAUGGUGGGCAUCGAGGAGCCGCCGAGGAGGUUAGAUGAGCUAGGGUUAGGGUUUGGAUCGCCGGCGUUCAUGAGGGUUUUGACUCUUAAGACUCUUUGGAGCCAGGACAUGAGAUUCUAUAGUGAGCCGCUAUCGGAUGCGGAUCUAGAGUUGGGGGAGAGUCCGGAUCCGCAUCCGUCUCCAUCUCCAUCCCAAGUUCCGUCUCCUGCAUCGGCAGGGUGACACGUGGAGGUUUUCUAGCCGUGUAUAUGUACACGUGGUUCGCUAUAUCAUCGUUAACCCAUGCGAGUACAAUGGAGCAGUACAUACUAUUUCUUGCGAAUUUUUUUUUAAUGUGAUGAUGUCAUCAUAUGACAGUGGGGUUUGAGUGACGUGUUUAAAUUUUC